AGAUAACAACUGCUAACAAAGUUGAAGAAGAAAAGGCCUUAGUGCUCAGUGCCAGUGAACUUUUUUCUCUUUUCAUCUCUUACUUCUAUGAUUUGUUGUGUGCUUCUUAACAUCAUACAUUGACUCUAUCAGUUUCAUUCCUGAAUCAAUUAGUUUCCUCACUUUCACUUUCUAUCAAUCAAGGAGGAUCAAAGUGAGUCUUCGUGUGUUUUUGUCCUCUUGGGUUGUUUCUACUUCUUCUUGUGUGCUUCAAAAGCAGAAGGAUUUGGAAGCAAGAAAAGAGUUACAAAGUGGGUAGUGAUCAUGGCAGCUAUAAAGCCUGAGGAGAUAACCCACCCACCAAUGGACCAACUUCAAGGCUUAGAGUAUUGUAUAGAUUCAAACCCAUCUUGGGCUGAGACAAUAGCUUUGGGUUUCCAGCAUUACAUUUUGGCCUUAGGAACUGCAGUGAUGAUCCCUUCGUUUCUGGUGCCUGUGAUGGGGGGAAGUGAUGAUGAUAAAGUGAGGGUGGUACAGACCCUCCUUUUUGUUGAAGGAAUUAAUACACUACUGCAGACACUCUUUGGAACAAGAUUACCAACAGUGGUGGGAGGAUCAUAUGCAUUCAUGGUCCCCGUUAUAUCUAUAAUUCGUGAUCCGUCUUUUGCAAUGAUAGAGGACCCACAUUUGAGAUUUCUCAGCACAAUGAGAGCAGUCCAAGGAGCUUUAAUAGUAGCUUCAAGCAUACAAAUAAUUUUGGGAUUUAGCCAAAUAUGGGCUAUUUGUUCCAGAUUUUUCAGCCCACUUGGAAUGGUUCCAGUAAUUGCCCUAGUUGGUUUUGGAUUAUUUGACAGAGGCUUCCUUGUGGUGGGGACUUGUGUUGAAAUUGGAAUUCCCAUGCUAAUCCUAUUUAUAGCCUUAUCUCAGGUGCAAAAUUACUUGAAAAAUUUUCAGAUAAGACAAAUACCUAUACUAGAGAGAUUUGCUCUACUAAUUUGCACAACAGUGAUAUGGGCAUAUGCACAUUUAUUAACAGCAAGUGGAGCAUACAAACACCGUCCAGACUUAACCCAACAUAGUUGCAGGACAGACAGGGCCAACCUCAUUUCUUCUGCUCCAUGGAUAAAGAUUCCAUACCCUCUUGAGUGGGGUGCUCCUACAUUUGAUGCUGGUCAUGCUUUUGGAAUGAUGGCUGCUGUGUUAGUCUCAUUAGUUGAGUCAACUGGGGCAUACAAAGCUGCAUCACGUCUAGCAAGUGCGACACCACCUCCUGCUCACGUGCUGAGUCGUGGUAUUGGUUGGCAGGGAAUUGGAAUUUUGUUGAAUGGCCUUUUUGGAACACUCACUGGUUCUACAGUUUCUGUAGAGAAUGUGGGGCUUCUAGGAAGCAAUCGCAUCGGCAGUAGAAGGGUCAUUCAAGUUUCAGCUGGCUUUAUGAUAUUCUUCUCAAUGUUAGGAAAAUUUGGAGCUCUAUUUGCAUCAAUACCAUUCCCCAUGUUUGCUGCUGUGUACUGUGUUUUGUUUGGUAUUGUAGCAUCUGUGGGGCUAUCAUUUUUGCAAUUCACCAACAUGAACUCAAUGAGGAACCUCUUUAUCUGUGGUGUUUCCCUCUUCUUAGGUUUAUCCAUUCCUGAGUAUUUCAGAGAAUACACUAUCAGGGCCUUUCAUGGCCCUGCUCAUACCAAUGCCGGAUGGUUCAAUGAUUUCCUUAAUACUAUAUUCUUUUCUUCUCCAACGGUGGCAUUGAUUGUUGCUGUGUUUUUGGACAACACUCUUGACUACAAGGACAGUGCGAAAGAUAGGGGAAUGCCAUGGUGGGCUAAGUUCAGAACAUUUAAAGGAGAUAGCAGAAAUGAAGAGUUUUACACCCUCCCUUUCAACCUCAACCGUUUCUUCCCUCCAUCCUAAGCUUAAAGAGGAAAAAGCAUCAUUUCCCAAAUAAGGGUUUGGGAGUGAAAAGCUACAAAAAAAAUGUUCAUGUAUGUAUCUAUGUAUUUUCUGAGAGCAGAAGAGUGGUUCUUGCGCUUUCGGUUUAUUUAUUUUUAGUAUAGUUUGAAUUGGGUUAGUUAAGUUCAAUUUUUUUCAUAUUAAUACAAGAGAACUUAUUUGUUCAUUCA